CGAUAAGAGCGUUAGACGUGAACCGGUUACCGAUGGUGGCGUUGGGGGAUGAAGCGGAGGAAGGAGCGGCGCAGUCAUCUCCGAACAGCGCGGUGUCAUCCUUCCCGAUGGAUUUCGGGAUUACUAACGGAGGCAGGAGAAACAUGGAAACUGAAACCGAAAGGGGUAGCUCCAGAGCAAGCGAUGACGAUGAGAACGGUUCAACCCGGAAGAAACUCCGGCUCACUAAAGAACAAUCGGCUUUUCUCGAGGAAAGUUUCAAAGAACACAACACCCUGAAUCCCAAACAAAAGCUUGCUUUGGCCAAACAAUUAAAUCUUCGUCCUCGACAAGUGGAAGUUUGGUUUCAGAAUAGAAGAGCAAGGACAAAAUUGAAGCAGACGGAGGUAGAUUGUGAGCAUUUAAAGAGAUGGUGCGAAACACUGACAGAAGAAAAUAGAAGGUUACAAAAAGAACUGCAAGAGUUAAGAGCUUUAAAAACUUCCCAACCAUUUUACAUGCACGUACCUGCCACCACCCUCACUAUGUGUCCGUCAUGUGAGCGUGUCGCCACCAAUUCCACCGCCGCCGCCGCCGUCUCUGGCAGAAAUACGGAUGCCAAAACUGUAGGAAUCCCGUUUUCGCCACUGGGAACUCAUGUGACCCAGAGCCAGUCCCAAGCCGACCAGGCUGCUUCGUGAAAUCAUUGGACGAGACCAGUCAAAAUAUGCUGUCACCUUUUUUUUUUCUUUAGCCCAUUUUGUACAUAUUUUUGGGUUGAAGGAUUUUUUUUUUUGAUUUCCUUAUUUGAACUUUUAUUUUAAUAUUUGUCUAUGUUCUCUUGCAGUUUUAUUAGGGAUAAAGAUGUUUAAAGAAAACGAUAUUUGAGUUUAUCGAUAGAUUUUGUUUAGAG